AUGGUUGUCGUUAGGGCUAGGCUGGCUGGGAUAUUGAAGGUGUCUGGUGCUACGAUCUUGGCUGCUUUGGAUAUUGUCCGUCAGGGUGCUGAUAUUAUGCCAAGAAGUCAGCUUAAUCAAGUUUUGGAAUCUGAAUUAGGCCCCAAUUGGUCGUCCAAGUUGAAAAGCUUUGAUUAUGAACCCCUUGCUGCUGCAAGCAUAGGGCAGGUGCACAAAGCUGUCACCAAGGAUGGUUUGCAACUUGCAAUGAAAAUUCAAUAUCCUGGUGUCUCAGAUAGCAUUGAGAGUGACAUUGACAAUGUAAAAUUGCUCUUAGACUAUACAAAUCUGAUUCCAGAGAAUUUGUAUCUCGAUAGAGCUAUGAAGGUGGCGAAAGAAGAGUUAUCACGUGAAUGCGACUACGAGUUGGAGUCUUCAAAUCAGAAAACAUUCCGCAGAUUACUAUCAAAUGUACAAGGGUUUUAUGUUCCAUUGGUGGUAGAUGAAUUAUCAAGUAAAAAAGUUCUGGCUACGGAACUUGUUCAUGGAAUUCCUAUUGAUAAGGUUGCAGUUCUGGAUCAAGAGACUCGUAAUAAUGUUGGGAAAAAGUUGCUUGAGCUUACACUGAUGGAGCUAUUUGUCUUCCGAUUCAUGCAGACUGAUCCCAACUGGAGCAAUUUUUUGUACGAUGAGGCUACACAAUCAAUAAAUCUCAUAGACUUUGGAGCAGCUCGAAAUUACCCCAAGCGUUUUGUUGAUGAUUACUUGAGGAUGGUGGUUGCGUGUGCAAAUUGUGACCGGGAAGGCGUAAUCGAGAUGUCCCAGAGGCUUGGUUUUCUGACAGGGCAGGAAUCAGAGAUAAUGUUGGAGGCUCAUGUUCAGGCAGCUUUUGUUGUAGGGUUGCCGUUUGCAGAAAAUCAUCCUGGGGGUUAUGAUUUCCGUGCUAACAACAUAACUCAAAGCCUUUCAAACAUUGGUGGAACCAUGUUGAGACACAGAUUGACACCACCACCUGAUGAGUAUACCAAACUUAUCAGUUUGAUGAUUAGAGAGAUGACAACACAACCAUUUAAGAUUCGAUGA